UUCUCUGAUUGGCUCCCGCCGCUGACUGGGAAUCCGGUCCUGGGCGGGAGUCGGGAAUCGCGACCGGGAAUCGCGACCGGCCCCGCGCCCCCAGGCCACCGCUGCCAUGUCAUCCGACGGCUCCGUGCCACGCGAGGAUGGGCAGGAGCUGAAGAGCGUGGUGAGCCGGGUGGCCAGCCUGGCCCUGGUGAGCUGCGCCUGCGGUGCCGUGUCCACGGCGUACAGCUCCACCAAGGAGAGCCACCCCUACGUGCGCUCCGUCUGCGAUGCUGCUGAGAAGGGGGUGAAGACACUGACGGCGGCGGCGGUCAGUGGGGCACAGCCCAUCCUCAGCAAGCUGGAGCCGCAGCUGUCCACCGCCAACGAGUACGCCUGCAAGGGGCUGGACAAGCUGGAGGAGAAGCUGCCCAUCCUGCAGCAGCCCCCGCAGCGGGUAACGUCCCCCCUGGGUGAGGCGGGGGGGUCCGGCGCUGGGCUCGGGGCUGGCGCGUGGCGUCCCUGUGCUGUCCCCUCCCAGGUGGCGGCAGGGACGCGGGCGCUGCUGUCCUGCACCGUGGGCCUGGCGCGUGGCGCGGUGCAGGGCGGCGUGGCCAGGACGUGCUCGGCGCUCAGCACCAUGGCGGGGUCCCGCGUGGGCCAGAUCCUGGCCUCGGGGGUGGACACGAUGCUGGGCAAGUCGGAGGAGCUGGUGGAGCGGUUCCUGCCCGGGACGGAUGAGGAGCCGGCGGCGGCAGGAGCAGAGGUGGCAGCGCUGGGGCAGCAGAGGCGGUGGCAGAGCUGCUUUGUCCGUGUGGGCUCGCUCUCGGCCAAGCUGCGGCACCGGGCGCUGCGGCGCUCGCUGGGGGAGCUGCAGCGGGCCCGGCACAGGGCCCAGCACGUCCUGGCCCAGCUCCACCGCGCCUUCGAGCUGAUCGAGCAGAUGCGGCAGGGCAUGGACGGGCCCCUGUACGGCACCCGGCAGCGCCUGCACCGCAUGUGGCUGGAGUGGAGCCAGCAGGAGGCUGUGCCCAUGGAGGAGAGCGAGGUGGAGGCGCGGACCCUGGCCAUGCUGCGGGGGCUCCUGCACCAGCUCCACGCCGCCUGCACCCGCCUGGCCGCCGGCAUCCGGGGCCUGCCCGGCAGCGUGCAGGAGACAGCGGGGCACGUCCGGCACAGCGUGGAGGGGGUCCAAGCGUCCCUGUCCCGCGCCUGCUCCCUCCAUGACCUCUCGGAGCUGGUGGUGGCGCAGGGCAGGGAGACGGUGCUGCGGGCGCAGCUGAGCAUCGACGAGAUGCUGGAGCACGUGGGCGAGCACGCGCCCCUGCCCUGGCUCGUGGGGCCCUUCGCCCCUGCCCUGGUCGAGUACCCGGAGGAUGCCCCCUUGGAGAUGGGCAAGUGGGAGGGCUGUGACACGGUGGAGGGGACGCACCACAUCCACAGCGCCCCACGGCUCAACCAGCGCUGAGCCCCCGGCACCUCAACCUGGGGCAGCACCCACGGCAGCGAACCCCAUCCCCGCUGGGGACGAGGCGGUGUGGACGCAGUGACGGGCGUGGGACCGGGGAUGCCGCACAUGGGGACUCGUGAGGGGAUGGCGGCACCCGGAGGAAGCAGCGUGUGCGGUGUCCCGGAGCACGGGGAGCAUCCGGAUGUCUUCUCUUAGCGGCUUCAACGCACUUUAAAGAAGUAAAACAACUUUUUAGGCCUUAAA